AAGCCCCCCACCCCUCCCACCAAGCGAAGCCGAGCCGCCGCUGGAGAGACAGCGGAGUUGGUCCCGUCUCUGCCCCUUAGCGAGCAAAUCCCGCUGAAAGGCCGCUGCGGGAAGAUGGCGACGGACAAACAGAAGCACGAAGGAAGAGUUAAAAUAGGACAUUACAUUCUUGGAGACACCCUCGGAGUGGGGACGUUUGGAAAGGUUAAAGUGGGCCAACAUGAACUUACCAAGCAUCAAGUGGCGGUGAAAAUCCUGAACAGGCAGAAGAUUCGCAGCUUGGACGUGGUGGGAAAGAUUCGGCGAGAGAUCCAGAACCUCAAACUUUUCAGGCACCCUCACAUAAUUAAACUGUAUCAGGUUAUUAGCACCCCCACAGAUAUCUUUAUGGUGAUGGAGUACGUCUCAGGGGGCGAACUCUUCGAUUACAUCUGCAAGAAUGGAAAGUUGGAUGAAAAAGAGAGCCGUCGGCUGUUCCAGCAGAUCAUCUCAGCUGUGGAUUACUGCCACAGACACAUGGUGGUUCACCGAGACCUCAAGCCCGAAAAUGUGCUGCUAGAUGCACACAUGAAUGCAAAGAUUGCAGAUUUUGGUUUAUCAAACAUGAUGUCAGACGGAGAGUUCCUCAGGACAAGCUGUGGCUCUCCGAACUAUGCUGCUCCUGAGGUCAUUUCAGGAAGGUUAUAUGCAGGUCCAGAGGUGGACAUCUGGAGUAGUGGUGUCAUUCUCUAUGCCUUGUUGUGUGGGACGCUCCCCUUUGACGAUGACCAUGUGCCAACUCUCUUCAAAAAGAUUUGCGAUGGAAUCUUUUUCACCCCGCAGUAUCUGAACCCCUCAGUAGUAAGCCUUCUCAAACACAUGCUGCAGGUGGACCCGAUGAAAAGAGCCACCAUCAAAGAGAUCCGGGAGGACGAUUGGUUUAAACAAGAUCUACCCAAGUACUUGUUCCCUGAGGACCCCUCCUACAGCAACAACAUGAUAGAUGACGAGGCCCUGAAGGAGGUCUGUGAGAAGUUCGAGUGCACAGAGGAGGAGGUUCUGUCCUGCUUAUACAGCCGCAACCAUCAGGAUCCAUUAGCUGUGGCUUACCAUCUCAUCAUUGACAAUCGGCGCAUCAUGAGCGAAGCCAAGGAUUUCUACCUGGCGUCCAGCCCUCCCGACUCCUUCUUGGACGACCAGCACCUGACUUCCUCCGCCGCAGCCGUGGCUGGCGUUUUAAAGCCCCACCCCGAGCGGGUACCCUUCCUCGUGGCGGAAACUCCGCCCAGGCCCCGCCACACCCUGGACGAACUGAACCCCCAGAAGUCCAAGCACCAGGGCGUCCGGAGAGCCAAGUGGCACCUGGGGAUCCGUAGUCAGAGCCGACCCAAUGACAUCAUGUCGGAAGUGUGCCGCGCCAUGAAACAGCUGGAUUAUGAGUGGAAGGUUGUGAACCCAUAUUACCUGCGUGUGAGAAGGAAGAACCCCGUCACAGGGAUGCUAACCAAGAUGAGUCUUCAACUCUACCAAGUGGACAGCAGAACCUACCUCCUCGACUUCCGUAGCAUAGACGAUGAAAUUUUGGAGACAAAGUCUGGGACUGCAACCCCCCUCCGCUCUGGAUCUGUGGGCAACCACCGCAACACUACAAAGAACGAUGCAGAAGGAGCAGAUGUUCCGGCAACAUCUGCCGCCGCGCUACCACCUAAGACCGCCGAGGGCUCCUUAGCUUCAUCCCUGACCUCGUCCAUCGACUCGACGGCGGGGGACAGCAUGUCUGUCCCCCGACCGGGAAGCCACACCAUCGAGUUCUUUGAGAUGUGCGCAAAUCUUAUUAAACUACUUGCACGAUAGCUUGCAGAACAAUCAUAGCUAGCCUUUUCUCCUCUCUGAGUGUCUUUAUAGCAAUAAGCAUGCAGCCGAUUCAUGGCUCAGCUCAUCCUGGCUGAGGAUGAGGUGACUCCUCCAAGGCACCGAUGCAGGUUGGUGUUCCCUAAGCUUAAAGGGAUGUAGGAGGAGUUUUUCUUAAAGGUAAGGGGGAAAGAAUAACAAGAUACUAAACUGCAUAGGACACAAAAACACCAAUUAUCCUAAGGUCUUACAGUUUUUGGAUCAAUUCAGACCUAGAUGUCCACAUCCCAUCUCUAAAAACAUGCGGAAGUGACGACACUGAACGUUGUGUACUGUUGCCAGGGAGCAAGAUCACAUUUAUGCCUGCAAAGAAGAAAGUCAGUUGCUGGGGCUGGAUGGUUGAGCGGCAGUCAAAAGGAUGCAGGAAGCACUUUUGCACAAGUUUUUGUUCUUACUUGCUGCUCGUGUUUAUUUUUCCUCUCAGUGCGUCUCAGAAAUGGUGCGGGUGUUCCAGGGCGUCGCUUUCAAACGGCGCCCGUCAUUUUCAUCGGACUCUGAAGAAGUGCAGCGUUUUUCUGCUGCGUGUCAGGGACAAAAAAAAAAAAAAGAAUGCUUCAUCUUUUUUAUGUUUUUUUUUUUUCUUUUGUCGAUCUUAAAUGGCAAAAACUAAAUGUUCAUGUUUUGUCCUUGUUGUAGACAAUUGUUUGAAUUUCUCUGUCCCCCACAUUUUUAUAUAUAUAUAAAGACAUGAAUAUAUUUAUCAAUGCAUUAGGUAGAUUGAGUGUUGGUUCUAAAAAGAUUUAAUUUUUUUUUCUUUCUUGUAUUAUAAGCUCUAUUGCUGGAUGGUAAAAAUAUCUAUUUACCUUUUUUUUUCUACUGUUUUUAGUCAAUUUACAAUUUUGCUUUUCCUCAAUCACAACUAUUGUGACACUUGAUUGUCUUUCAAGAGAAUUAUAGUUGAUUUCCAUUUAGGAGGUGUCAUAACACAAGAGACCUAAUCCAGAUGUGCAUCUUUUUUUAAUUUUUGUUUGGGGUGCCUCACUCUAAAGGACCGGUUCAUUUCUACCUUUUUGUUGUCAUUCCUUAAUUACAUUGGAAUACAGUGACUGAGUGAAAAUGCCUUUUGCUGACAUUUACUUCACAAAUGCCAAUCUGUCCCCUGAAAGCCUCAUUGGGGGGGCUUUUCUAUUUUCAAGCUGACUAGUGAUCCGAGUGCAGGCAGAAAAAUACAUCCAUGACUUUUCCACCUUUGAACAUAUUCUGAUUGUUCACGCAUUCCUCUGAAGGCUGACCUUAAUUAAAGAUUUACCCAUGCUUGUAACCUGAACUUGACCUCUGAGUUUGGCAUUGGCAGGUGCUGUUAAAAUGAUAGAAGCAAAGCACACAAACCCAUUAAGAUUCUUAUCCAGCGCCAAUUCUUAGUUUGCUUUUAUUAUUAUUAUUAUUUUUAAAUUCUCAUUCUGUUUUCUGUCUCCAGUCUUACAGGUUUAAGUGAUGUCUGGCUGCCUUAUCAUUAUAAGUACUGUUUCAUCACUUUUCAAGUCUAAAUUUAAUUGCUGGUUGGGAUUUUGCAGUUUUAAGAGUCCUCCACUUCUCUUGUUAGUGGAACUUUAGAAGCCAUGUUAGGAAUGGAUUUUUUUUUCUGGUUAAAGCACUCGGCAUUUACAGGAAUGAAAGAGGGAAGUCCUGACUGCAAUCAAAGCAACACUUUGCCAAACUAUGGAAGACGACUGCAACGGCGAGCAGGUUUUAUUAUGAAACACCAAAGCCAAUUGACAGUAUGAGUUAAAUUAGUUUCUCUAGUUUUAAAGUUCCCUGUAAUGAACCUGGUUUUAAAAGAACUUUGCACAGUCAAAAAUCAAACAAGUGACGUUUGAUCUUUCUAUUAAGAAGUCUCAGCAUUUAAAGUUUACAGUGUUUAGGACUCCCAUCAGGAUUAAAGAUUAUUUUUCAGAGGUUUCAUUCAAUGAAAACUAGCUUAGAGUGGCUGUAUUUGUAAUCACUUCUCUUGUGUCUUGCAAAGAAGUGUAGACUGAAGUCUUUAGUUAAUAUUUAGUCUUUUAUGUUGAAAUCCUAUAAAUAACAUGAAUCUAAAAAGACUGUUUUGGAAAAAUGAUAAACUUAACAUUCAUGUUGGUUUAGAAGGGCAGAUAUGAAAUCAUUGGUAAAGUGUGUCUUGGAAUAUGUGGUGUUUUUUUAUUUUUUCAAGAGAGAUGAAUGUGUGCAAAAAAGUAUUUUUUGCAAGCUUAUGGAAAAGUGCCCUGAUAGACUUUUCAGUUUAGUCUAUUCUUGAACUGCUUUAAAGAAACCUUUUUUUUUUUUGGUGUGUGUUUUGUUUGAUGUGAAAGCAGAUCAUACCAGAUUGAUCCGUGUAAAUUUGAAUGAAUAUUGUUGAAUCAUUUGUAUACACAACUGCCUAAUAAACUGCUGAACUGCA